GACAAUCUAUCCGUAAACGCGCACGCGAUCGCUCACUGCAGCCAGGAAGCACUAGCGGAGGCAGGCGCACAACUAUCUCCCCGCUGCGAGCAGUCAAGAGCUGGUCUCGGCAGCGAGCUCACUCCACGAACGGCAUUCGGGCGCAUAUAUGAGCUCCGGACAUUAACGAAGCGCUUGUUUCUCGCUGACGCUAUACACAGACGACAGGAGUUGCGACGAGUUGCUACCACCAUCACGAUGAGAAACUAUAUUUUGUACGUUGCGGCCUUUUUUUCACUGUGCCUGAGCAUCGCUGCUGCCUGGGGCAGUCCGUGGGUAGGAAGCCACUACCCUGGUUACAACAAACGCGCAGACUUCUACGGGGCGCAGAACGACGGAGAGCUGGUCAACUUUGUCGAGGAGGAUCCACUAAAGUGCAUCGGUAAGACGUGUGUCUACAGCGACGACUGCUGCAAAAACGAUGUGUGUGUGGAGAUACCGAGCAGAGGAGGGCUGUGUAUGCCGAAGACUGGCGCCGUGGAAGGAGAGCCGUGUAAGACUGUCACCGACUGCAUGAAAGGCUUUGAGUGUGUAGGCGGGGACGGCAGUGCAGGCGGAAUGGGAAGCUGCCAACCGUUCCCAACUGUGAACAUACGAAAAAAGCUAUUCUAUGACGAAUGUCAAAGGUCAGCGGAAUGUGACGAGGAGAUAGGCCUGUGCUGCCAGCUGCGCAAGCGGCACCGUGGCAAGCCGCGCAAGAUCUGCGAUUACUACCGGGGUCACAAAGAAGUGUGCAUAGGCUUUCGAGAUAACAACUGGAUCUGGAGCUUCUGAGAUAUCGCGCCUCGCCCGUGCGUUCUAACCAGCAAUCGUAGACGGAAAAGAAAUACGAUAGCGUGUAUAUGACGUGGCGUAAACCAUAUUCCACUCUAAUUCUAUUAUACCGAGAUGAAGUAGGCAGCGUAGCGUUGAUUAACAUAGUGUUUGCAGUAAUUAAUGUUUACGAAUUUACGCAAAGGAUUUUACGCAUAUUUUCGAGAUAUGAAAAGCAAUAUUCUAGACGUGAAUGUCUUUCACUUUAUGUGUUUGUUUAUAGCUAUUUCGUGUGUACCUCUGUUUUCCCGAAUAUACUUUCGCCUAGCAGUCUUGGUUCUUCCCUUUCCAAUUUCCAUGUCCUUCCAUUUUAAGCUAUCCGAUUGAAGCGCAACUUCAUAGUGCUAUAUAAAACAACGUUGCGUCCGAUACGUCACUGGAAAGCUUACGCGAUAUUAAUUAAUAAUUCUAUAAGACAAUGGAACUCGUCGAUAUAUAUAUAUAUAUAUAUAUAUAUAUAUAUAUAUAUAUAGUGAACUAUCACUGGAUUGCUUUCAUCAUUCCUAUGCCAGUGUAGAUAUACUUGUUUAAUAAAGCGAUUUAUAGUGGAUAGUGAAAGACCCUGCGUUUACUUAACUGUUAAGUAAGUAACCCAAUCGCAAACAAGUGCGACAUCGCACAUUUUCACGUAAACGCAUGAUGUCCUGCUAAAGGGUGUUCAAACUUUGCCAAUAGUGUAGUCUACCGCUUCACAAAUGUUCGCUGUUUACUCACGUAUUGUAACGAAAAAGUGUCGCCAUCUUCUUAUAAAGUUGUGUUAAAAAUCGCAUCACGCAAACGUUAACUAUGUGUGUAAAUCUAGCGAAGUGCAUGUGUAAAGACUGACAGUAUCGAUCAAACCCAGACCUGAACAGCUAAUUAUGUAUGAUUACACCAGGAGUGGAUAAUGGAGAUCUCUAUUAACCACUCCUGAUUACACUAUAUUCUCAUUCCACGUGUAGAUUGGAUUUUAAGUUAGAAUAUAUCACCUCUAUGCUUAAUGAGGCUGCGAUUGCAAUAUGUCACCAUGAAUAUUACUAAUGCAAAUAAAGAGCAACUUACAUAGCGUUGAACUGAGUGCUUAAAACGAGAGGCACUGAAUCUGUUAGCUGGAAUGGACUAAUUCUUGAAAGUGUAUCAUAACAAAAAUAGAAUUGAUACCGUGUGUCCUCAAAUCCGUUAUAGAAAUCUUUCACUCCAUUUGUCGAAAAAUUACAUUAUAAAGUAAUAAAUAUGAGCAUUCUUCAUA